CGCGUCUCGUGGCGUGCGGACGUGUUUUGUGCUGCGAGAGUUUUGAAUCCGUGGAUACGUUUACUUUUAAUUGCAUUCGUGAUUUGAAUUUCAUAUUAAAUUUGUGUGAUGUGAUUUUUUUUAAUGGAUUUUGAUCAGGAUAUAUGUGCUGACUUACCAAAAUGCAAUCGAGAGUAUUUGUAUGAAAAUUAUAAUUCAAGUGCUUACGAAGUGUAAUUAGUGUCAAAGAUGGAAUGUCCUUAAUAUGGUGUAAAUUUUGGAGGAGUGAUAAAGACAUACAAAAUGCCUCUGGUCAUGCAAGUUGUUGUUAUUUGCAUCUCAUGCAUCGCUCUUCAAUUUAUCGGUAUCGUGAAUACACUCAAAUCUCUUCAAAUCCACGUCCCCAAAGCCGUUCUCACAGGUCUAGACGCGGAACUAAUGUGUACAUACGAAUUGGAAGGAGCCCAGCUAUAUUCGAUACGCUGGUAUAGAAAUAUGAUUGAGUUCUACCGAUAUGUACCAAAGGAGUCGCCCGCUACCAAGGUUUUUCCAGUGGCAGAGAUUAAAGUCGACGUAGCAGCGUCAGAUCAAAAUCGUGUUGUACUUACAGAAGUAGACAGAACGUUGACAGGAGAAUACCAAUGUGAAGUAUCAGCUGAUGCACCCUUGUUUCAUACAGACAUAAAGUCAGCUAAAAUGGUUGUAGUUGAACCGCCGCUUUUAAGCCCCAAUGUUACAUCUGAUAGAAUGACAUACAUCGGUGGAGAUCACAUAAGAGCAAACUGUACCUCGCCACCAUCACUACCAGCAGCUAAUAUCACGUGGUACGUCAAUGAACAAAUGGUUCCAAGUUUUACGGCAAACCAUGUGCUGAAUUUUAGCAAUGGAUAUGCAUCAAGUCUGUCCACUUUGGAAUUGGAGGCAGCAGCACUGUCACCCGUGCCUACACUUAUGAUACGCUGUGAAGCAUCUAUAUUCGACGUGUGGAAAGCAACCAGCCACACAAUAGUUUUACGAGAGCGAAGCGCGAACCCAGCUUCCGCUUUGGGCAGGAGUUUUACAGGUGCUGCAACAGAAACUUGUAUACCUACUAUUCUGGUUCUACUGCUUCAAGUAAUCUUGCAAUUCUUAUUAAAUAACUUCACAGAGACUUCAAUAAGAUAGCUGAAUUUUGACUACCAUGUUAUAUGUUUUAAAUGUAGUGAGGCAGGGUUUUAACUAUUGUUCUAGUAAGUUAAGGACAAUACUUUUUGAGUUUCCGUAGUUCAUUUUAUAAGUAAAUUGUUGAACUACCUAUCGUGUAACAUAUACAGUUUUAAAUAUAACAAGUGAUUAAUAUGUUAAAUACAAAAUAUUACAAACAUAUAAUUUUUUAAGCUUAAAUGAAAUAAUUGGGCCUAAAUAUGUAACUUACUCAUUCAUUUAAUAGUGACCUUUAAAUCUUUCUUUGUUUCAAUUGGAUUAGAAAAAGAGCUUAACUGAUUUUAUAAUUCGAUUAUGUAGCAACUAUAAUGAUUAUUAAAAUAGACUGAUUAAUGAAUUGUAAAUUAAUUUACUAUGUACAUAUAUAAUUAAAGUUAAAUUAAUAGUUAGUGUCAAGUAACUUUAUAUUCCUAUUAAAUUUAGCUGGCGUUUUAACUGUAUUUUUAAAUAUAUUGUAAUGUAUCGUUAAGGUUAACAAACAGUGUUGUAAUAAAAUUCUUGUAAGUAUUCUAUAUCUGUCACAAUUAUAUAAAUGAAAUUGCUUGCAAUAUAAUUUAAUUUUAGGAAAAAAAAAAUUACAUGUAUAUAAUGAUUCCUGUUACAUUAUGUUUCGGUAUAUACCUUGUAUUCAUAUACGUGAAAUAUAAUGGUACUAUAUUUAAAUCUAUUUAAAUGAGUAACCCUAUUCGACCUGUAAAAGCUGCUAAGACUCGAGGCUUCUAAGCAACCCUUCAGUGCUCUUAAACUUUAAGAAGCCCUUCACAACAGAGGUUUUAUUCUUUCAUCGGGUCAAGCAGAAAUACUCUCCAGUUAUAAUUCAUCCUUUCUUUUGAUAAUGUAAAAAUAUUCUUUCCUAAAGGUCUUAAACGUUUUCUUUUUAUUGGGCUACGAACGAUUACAUUCUACGUGAAAUGUUGCAAAAAUACUGAUUAGAAUUUUCCCUUGUAUUUAAAAUAAGUUACCUAUAAUGUUUCGGUCAUAAUAAUUAUAAAAUACUCAAAUAAUAACCCCAUUGUUAUAUAUAAUAAACACGUCCAUCGCAUGUUAAAACGUAAUAUUAAUUCAUGUCAAAAUGUCGUUAGUUAUAAAAUGUGAGCAUUCAAUGUUUUUGUAAGUAAUAUGAGGCUGUGUUUUUAAUUAAAAUAUCUACAACUAGAUCGUUUCUCCCCGCGUUGUUUGUCUGUAUCCCCUUGUCGUAAUCUUAUGUAAAUUUGUCUUAACAUCAGUCGAUUUCAUAGAUUGAUAUUGACUUAUAAAUAAAGAAAACAUUCUGUUUUUAAUGUUCUUUAGGUUUUUUUUUUAUAAUUAAAAGAAAAAUAUUUUGCUUGUAUUUUUUUUUUACUUUCAUUACAAUAUUUGUAUAAACUGUAGUUAAUGUUUUUUUUUUUUUAUAUUUUAAAUGGUAUAAUUUUCAUGUACAUAUAAUAAAUAUAGUACUAAGAGAUGUAGCCGAUAAGCAUGAAACAUUGAUUUCAUUUGGACAAAAGUGCCUCGUGACAAUUGCGAUAUUUAUUUAUUAGUAAAAUUGAAUAUUGUGUUGGAAAAAAAUAUUAUAAUUUAAUUAUAAAUAUGUUUUCCUUAUUGUUGAUAAAACAUAGAAAUAGGUUUAAGGAAAUAUACAAAUAAAGAUUCAUGUUUAAACAAAUAUGUAUUAAUAUUAUUGUAAUAAAUAAAUUUUAAACUUAAAUACAAAGUAAAAUUUAUUUUAUCGUUUUCAACACUAUAAAUAGACACACGCUUAUCUUAAUUUAUUCAUUGUACAAGUAUUCUUAACGGAUAAAUUAUUGCGAUAUUGAUAUGAAAAAAGCAAUAUUAAAUUACACGAGAAAGAAGAUUGAUGGCGUAUUUUUUGUGCUAAUUGGGUUAUUAUUCAUUUGCAAAAGAUUCCAAUAGUUAAAAAAAAUUACACUUGUACUGAAAAUUAUACAAAAAACUGUAUCAUUUGAAAAAGUCAAACUACGAAACAUCUAUAA